UUUGUUUCUCAUUUUCUUAACCAGUAGAGCUUUUUCCAUAACAUUUUCAGUAAACAGAGAAAGCGUUUUAUUUUUUUUGUUUUUUUGGGUUUCCUUUUUAUUUUUGUUGUGAGCUCUCGUUUAUCGUUUUCUAUUUGACCUUGAAAAAUCAUGCUUUGAAGUCUUUCAUUUUUUGGAAGCAGAUUAGGGUUCUGAUCUGGGAUUCCUAUGCUCAGACAAUUGCGGCUUCCUAUCCUUUAAAAAUGCUCUGAAGGAUUUAUUUUGUGGAAUCGUCAGCAUGUGUUUGCUUCAUAUUAGAUUGAAUGCUGGUUUGUCAUCUACUCAAUCAUGCUUAUCCCUCAUCAUUGGUCUUUUUGAAUCUGGUUGAUGGGGUUUGUUCAAGCAAACAAUGAUGGUGGUGGGGAGGGAGGGUUGGUGAAUAGAGAGAACAGUACAUGGGAUGAGGGAAAAGAAGUUAGGAAUGGAAUGGUGGGUGAGGGGCAAGGCUUGGGCUCAUCUGAGGAAGAUGAGCCUGGGAGCAAUGAGAUAAUUGAAGAUGCAAAUAAGGGGUCGGAAGAAGCAAUCCAAGUCCAUGAUGGGCUGCAGAAUUCGCAGCAACAGCCUCAAGGGUCAGCAAUAAAUUGGGAUAGUUUUCUCCCCAUUAGAUCACUGAAGGUUCUUCUGGUGGAAAAUGAUGAUUCGACACGCCAUGUAGUUACUGCUCUGCUUCGGAAUUGCAGUUAUGAAGGAUAGACAUGAAAUAAAUCCGAUCCCACUUGAUUUCUGGCCACUCCUAAUUUCCAUAAGGCACCCACAAUUUACUGCUGUUGCAAACGGUCUUCAGGCAUGGAAAAUCUUGGAAGAUUUGACCAAUCAUAUUGAUAUCGUCCUAACAGAGGUAGUCAUGCCCUUUAUAUCGGGAAUUGGUCUUUUAUGCAAGAUCAUGAGCCACAAAACUUUCAAGAAUAUUCCUGUGAUUAUGAUGUCAUCCCAUGAUUCUAUGGGUAUAGUCUUUAAGUGUCUGUCCAAGGGUGCAGUUGAUUUUUUGGUGAAACCUAUUCGAAAGAAUGAACUUAAAAACCUUUGGCAGCAUGUUUGGAGAAGAUGCCACAGUUCUAGUGGUAGUGGGAGCGAAAGUGGCACACAGACUAAAAAAUCUGUGAAGUCAAAAAGCAAUGAUGAGUCUGAAAACAAUACGGGCAGCAGUGAUGAGCGUGAUAAUGGAAGUACUGGCCCAAGCAUUCGGGAUGGAAGUGACAAUGGAAGUGGUACCCAGAGCUCAUGGACAAAAAGAGCAGCUGAAGUUGACAGCCCCCAACCAUUAUCACCAUUGGAUCAAUUGGCUGAUGCACCUGAUAGCACUUGUCCCCAGGUAAUCCAUACAAAGCCUGGAACUUUAAGCAACCAGUGGGUGCAUGUUAUUGAAACAAAAGAAUGCCAGGGCAAGGAUGAACAACCUGACAAUGUUGCAAUGGGUAGAGACUUGGAAUUAGGAGUAGCUACAAAUCCAGCUGUACAACUUGAAUAUCAACAUGAGAAGUUUUCAACCUACCCAACAUGCAAGAGGCAGAAUAAAUUGCCUGAAUCAGAUAGUAAACCAUUUGAUAAAGAACACUUGGAACAUAACAGUACAAGUGCCAAUUGUACUGACCCACAGGUAGAAAGCAGAACUUUUGAGAAUCCAAAUGGCCUUUCUGAUGUGUCACAGAUCAAAGACAAGGGAAGCUGUGAAACUACAGAACUGCCACCCCUUGACUUAAGUUUAAAAAGGCUGAGAGGAGCAGGAGAUGUUGGGGCCUGUGUGCAUGAUGAUCGCAGUAUUUUAAGACAUUCAGAUCUUUCAGCAUUCUCAAAAUACAAUACUGCUUCUUCUGCUAAUCAGGCUCCCACAGGGAAUGUAGGAAGCUGUUCUCCACUCGAUAAUAGCUCAGUUGCAAUGAAGACAGAAACAAUGCAUAAUUUCCCCUCUCAUGUGGAUGGCAUUCCUCCAAAUCAGCAGUCUAAUGGCAGUAGCAACAACAUUGACAUGGUCUCUACCACCAAAUAUGCUAUUCCCAAGUCAGAAGCUUACAACGAGAAAUCAGAGUCAACGUCAGCAUUUAAAUGUUUCCAUUCAUCUGCCUUCCAACCUGUAACUAGUGGGCGAAUGUUUCCACCACAGAAAGUCUCAUCUGGGAAGGCAGAUGAUGUGGUAGUUGACGCAGUUCAAGCACAAGUAAUAGGCUCACACCAGCAGGUCCAAGUCCAGCAUCACCAUCACCACUAUCACCAUUAUCAUCACCAUGUCCACAGCAUGCAGGAGCAGCAGCAGACUGAUAAUGACGAUCUCUUUUUGAAGAACAUGGCAGCAGCAGCUCCACAAUGUGGAUCAUCAAAUGUGAUUGGUGGACCCACUGAAGGCAAUGCUGGAAACUACAGUGUAAAUGGGAGUGCUUCGGGAAGUAACCAUGGGAGCAAUGGGCAGAAUGGGAGCAGCACUGCCUUGAACGUGGGUGCAACAAACAUGGAAGGUGACAUUGGGGCAGCUGGAAACAGUGGAGCUGGUGCCAUCAGCGGAAAGGGCGGUGGAAAUAGAGUUGAAGAAGACCGGUUUGCGCAGAGAGAGGCUGCCUUGACUAAAUUCCGUCAGAAAAGGAAAGAGAGAUGCUUUGAAAAGAAGGUUCGUUACCAAAGCAGGAAGAAACUGGCAGAACAACGACCACGUAUUCGAGGACAAUUUGUCCGGCAAAAUGUGUCUGACAACAAAGCAGGGAAAGAUGGGCAAAGCGACGACCCUUCGUCUGCGAACAAUUCUUGUGAUGGUGGUAUUCGAUAACAUAGGCUGGGAUACAGUUUGCUAACCCCACCUUUGUGCCUGAUGGUGAAUUCAGAUUUGUACAGUGAACCAGCACUAGUCGUCUACUUAGGGAAGGAGUGUCUGGGUAGGGUGUUUAGGGCUCUUAUCUUUUGCGAAACUGAAACCCCCAGUGUUUAGAGACUUUGAUCUGAUACUGUAGACCACCUUUUACAACUGUUAACUUCAAUGCCACCAUGGAUGGAUGUUACCCUUGAAAAGGGUUAGACUCCUCCAUGUGAUAAAACUUAUGUCUGUGUGGUGCAUUUCCUAUUUAGUUCAUACUUGAAAGACCUAUUUUCUCGUUUUUGGUGAAGAGAUAAAGGUAUGUUCUUUAGUUUGUCAA